UUUUCUUUAUUUUCGAUAAUUAAUAGGAUACGACUUCGUUACGGAAUUGAUUAUCUUCAUGCAUAAGGAUAUUGGGUUACCUAGUAUAAAAGAUUUGGGUUUACUUUUGUAUGGUUAGGGCAUCUGAUUACAGAGAUAUAGGGCUUUGGUUGAUUGUUAUACUCUUGGGAAAAGAACUGACAGUGUCUGUGGAAGUUAGCUAUUUGUUAUGCCUUUCUCUUUCGAAGUAGAAUUUUUUGUAGACCUAAUAUUCUGCCCAAUGUGCUCAGUGGACUCGUUGUGACAUACGGAGCUAAUAUUUGUCAUAUCCUGCACUACAAAUCUUGAAUUUAGUGGUGAAUUUAAAGUUUUUAUCACCAGUUUGAUGUGUUCUUUGGUUGUCCAAUCUCCAAUGUCUAUCACAAGUUUGUGCACGGCUGGAGAAAGUUGUUGCAUAGUGCUAUAUGCACAACUAUGAUCUUUAGGAGCUCCUUCUAAUAUCGACACUUAGUUAUCAUACGUCUUUAUUAGGCUGUUGUCAGCAUGAGCAAAGAUCGUGACACGUAGCUUUGCUGCCCUUGUACCUUUGCUUCCGUUAGCACGUGGGGUUCCCCCUCCUGUUGGGUUAAGCAAAGAUCUAUCCAGCAAUGCAGAAGACGCCAAAUUUUUGGAGCAGCUACUCGACAACUCCCAUAUAGAUGAUUACAAGCUUUGCACCGAGUUAAAAGUUACAUUGAGAAGGUGAUCAAUGCUGAGAAUGCUAGUAUGAAGACAAUGAACACUGAUCAGUUGCUAGAUUUAUUUGCUUCAGCUGAAACUUCUAAAAAGGGUGGUGCGUCUUUGAAGAAGGGAUCAGAGGAUAAUGGCCAGACUGCUGGAACAGGAAAAGGAAUAAAGUCAAUUCUAGGUAACUUAGAGGAACUGUGGGAUCAAUCACAGUACACAGAAGAGUACAAUCUUAGCCACUUCUUAGCGAAGCUUAACGGGCAAUAGCCAAAACCAAAAAUUUGUGUACAUAUUUGAUUCAGCUCGAUUCAGGAAAACAAACAGUUUUUGACCUUCCAAACAGAUAAGAGGUUGCAUUCACUCUCUCUUUUUCCCUCCUCCAUUUGUUGUCAUAAAAGAAGAAAUUAGUUUAACUUAAAAGGAGAAAAUUAACGAUUGGAGGAUGGAUUAGACAUCGAGUCGUUUAGUUUUGCCAAUACGACCGGUCUAAUGUUUGUGGCCGCCGAAUUUGGUUUUGUAGUGUCUGAAUCGUGUAAAUACGCUUUUUGACUUGGCUUUUUCAUCUGCUGUUUCAGCUCUGUUGUAGUAA